CUCUCUUUCUCUCUCUACAUUGUUCCCAAAAAUCCCAAAUUUCAGUCUCCAAAAAUGGCGACUAGAGCAGCUCUAGCUCGAUUAUCUCGAAAAGCGGUAGCCGCCGCCGCCGCAUAUCCUUCCAGACAUCACCUCCUCCUGAAUCGCGGUUUUGCAGCAGACGCAGCGGUGGCGACGACAACCAAAACACCGGAGAUAAUCGAAUCGCCAGAUCGGGUAAAAUGGGACUAUAGAGGACAGAGAAGGAUUAUCCCUCUAGGUCAAUGGAUCCCUAAGAUAGCCGUCGACGCUUACGUCGCUCCGAAUGUCGUUCUUGCUGGACAGGUUACUGUCUAUGACGGCGCGUCCGUCUGGAAUGGCGCUGUUCUCCGUGGCGAUCUGAACAAGAUCAGUGUUGGAUUCUGCUCAAAUGUCCAGGAGAAAUGUGUCGUUCACGCUGCUUGGUCUUCUCCUACAGGGUUACCGGCAGAGACACUUAUAGAGAGAUUUGUAACAAUUGGUGCAUACAGUCUUCUUCGAUCAUGUACAAUAGAACCAGAGUGUAUAAUUGGGCAGCAUUCGAUCCUUAUGGAAGGAUCGUUGGUGGAGAGCCACUCGAUUCUUGAAGCAGGAUCAGUUCUACCACCAGGGCGAAGAAUUCCUACGGGUGAACUAUGGGCAGGGAAUCCUGCUAGGUUUGUUCGAACUCUAACCCAUGAAGAGACAUUGGAAAUUCCAAAACUUGCAGUUGCAGUUAAUGACUUGAGCCGUAGCCAUUUCAUGGAGUUUCUACCUUAUUCGACAGUGUAUUUGGAGGUUGAGAAAAUGAAGAAGGAGUUGGGCAUCUCGAUAUGAUAAUAUAAUCGGGUAUUUCCAUAUCGAUUUUAAUAAUUUGUUUUUAGUAGUGAUGAUCUCUUUGGCCAAGCCAAGAUAUUACAUACUUGCUGUCUUUCUUGUGCUGUUUGUGGAGAUUGAUAUUGCCUUAUUUGUGAUGUACUACUACUACUAACUGUUUCUGCCAUUUUUAUGACCUCAAUAAUUUUAUUCCCCCGAAUCUGAGGAAGAAGAAAACCUUGAUUUACG